UUUCCUUAUUUGAAAAACCAGACUGGAAAAAGAUCUUUUGACAUUUUAUUCCUAAGGAAUUCUCUACCAUGAAGAUUCAUCUGUUUUUCUUUAUUCUGCUCUUUUGGGUCACAAUUUUACCAGCCAAAAAGAGAUAUCCCCAAUAUGGUAGCUUGGAUAUGAGGAGAGAUUGCAGAAAGAGAAAUGGUCGAUGCAGACUUGAGUGCCAUGAAAGUGCCAUUAGGAUUGCUUACUGCACGAGACCUGCAACUGUUUGCUGCUUGGAGAAGUAAAGAACACAGAAGAAAAGAAAGAGGCACAUGGUCCAAGAAGAGAGGACCAGUGAUACUAAGUUUU